CCACUUGUCCGACAACUACGAGCUUGGUCCCAACGGCCAUUGCUACCGCUUCAGAGACCUCGACCUCGGCUCCUGGUGGUCGACCCGAAGACGAAACAUGCGACAACGUGGCCGACUCCGAUCUCGUCAUCGUCAAUGACCAGGCUGAACUUGAUUUCCUAACAAUGAGGUCGGCGGAGAUCAACCCCAACAUGACGUGGUGGGUCGGCUAUUCGGAUCAGUCCGUAGAGGGCGAAUGGCGCUGGGUCGAUUGCACAGAAUCGACCGAUUGGCAGAACGAUCUCUGGGAGGCCGGUUCCCCUGGCAACGGUCGUCUGGACUGCGCGGCUCUCCAACCCACCGGUGAUCUUGUAUCUCUCGUUUGUGACAAAGCACUAAGUUACAUAUGCGAAAUAUCUCCAAAAGAUUUCCAACUCCAGGACGCUAACCCAAGUGAUCUUGCCGUCGUCGCUACACAAACAAGCAUGCUGGUCACGUGGACACAAUCAGAGACAAGCUGUGACGUAGUCGGUUACAGAGUUCAGUAUUGGCUGGCUGAUGAAGACAACGCUGACGUCAGUUCCGAACUCGUAUACGGAGGUAAUGCAAACAGCGCCUCCAUCGAUAAUUUAUUGCCAGACCGCAUGUACAACGUGAACGUGGCAGCUCUCCUCAGUCAGGAUUAUGAGCUGUCCCCUAUUGGACCCGUGACAGUCAAAACAGUUGCUGCUAUCAUCCUCGAAUGCUCGCCCACCAGCAUGUCAGUGCGAGUUCCUCUGGAGCGUCUCGGCGGUGCGACCGUCGGGACCGACCUCCAGCUCAUGAACGAUGAAAAUUGCCAGGGGGUUAUCUCCACAGAUGGAAUGGCCAUUGUUAUCUCCACCAAUCUGACGUCAUGUAACAAUGAUAGGAGUGAAGAUGCCACUUUCGAGUUUUACAGCAACACAGUGACCGAGCGAGAGUAUGGUGUCGUAACCCGUGUUUCUGAUGUGUACAUCCCAUUCACCUGUACUUACAACCGAACUGGACGGGUGGGACUACGCUCAUACGAGCUCAAGAACUACCGCCUCAACGUGACGGAGGAAUCCAGCGGCCAAUAUGAUUUCGCUUUGGAUAUCUACAGAGAUGAGGACUUCGAAGAGAAAUACCUGGAGGACGAUUACCCCGUCGACAUGGAUCUCAACGACGACCUCUACUUCGGGGCUUCAGUUCCAUCUCAGGACGGAACCCUCGACCUGUCAAUCACGCGCGAUGCGUGGCCACGCCCUCCAACUCAUACAAUGAUGAUCAGUAUGUCUUUAUCGAGGAAGGUUGAUGAGAGCACUGUGAUCAGUCCAGACCAGCUCGACUUUGUCGGAGUCACCAUGACAACCUUCCGUUUUGUUGGCUUAGGCAACAGGGUCUACAUCCACUGCGACCUGCUCGUCUGUGACGCAACAACGGGAACCUCACAGAAUGCGACGUCACAUGCCCAAGCGGACGGUAAACCCACGAUCUCCUCUUUCAACCCCUGGAUGCUGGCUAUCGUUGCCAUGGCAGCGAUCAUGAUAGUUCUCCUCGUCGUCGUGGUGGUGGUCGUCAAGAAGAUGACGUCAGCGAUUCGUUCGUCCCAGAUGCCCGGAAGCGGGAUGAUGAAGCAGCAGUACCACUUAUGA